AUGGGCAAGUACACUUUUACGUGGGAACACGAAGCCCAUGAAGUUUUCGUGACCGGCUCCUUCGAUGACUGGAGAAAGACUGUUCAAUUAGAGAAGGAGGGCGGCAUCUUCCAGAAGACCAUUGAGCUGCCCAAGAGCAAACAAACAUACAAGUUCGUUGUCGACGGCAACUGGGUUACCAACGAAUCCGCUCCCAAAGAAGCCGACGAUUCGGGCAUCUUCAAUAAUGUCUUGACCCCCGAUAGCAUCAAGGAUGACGAGCCCGUGAACACUCUCUCCUCUACUGCGCCCGAAUCCUCCACCGCUGCUCUCGCCGGCGCUGUACCCCUCCAGAACAAGCACCUCCAGACCCCCGCAAAUGAAGACCUUCCGGGAGCCUUCCCUCUCACGCCCCCCGCUGAGACUCCGUCCUCAGAACCCCGGGCCUUCUCCGUGAACCCUAUCCCUGCUACACAGGGCCUGGGCAACCCUGUCCAACUUGCACCCGGCGACAAGGUUCCCAAUGCGUCUACCCUUACGACCAACACCCUUGAGUCUACCGUGAAGCAUGAUAAGGAGCCCGAAGCCGAAGACGCAACUGUCAGCGUAGCGCCUAUCCCCGCCACGGCAGGUGCUGGCAACCCAAUCCAUCUUGCGCCCGGUGAGAAGGUGCCUGACGCAAGCACACUGACGGGCAACACCGUUUCUAGCACCGUCACGACCGAUGCUGCUUCUUACGAGAAGUCGGAUGCGCAGCCUCCCCAACUUGCGGCUCCAGUAUUCACGCCCGAAGCCGAGAGGGAAGCUCAAGGCGGUAUGUUUAGCCUACCACCACUUGCCGGCAGCGUCAUUCCAGAGUCAAGCCUCCCCAUGGGCGUGGAUGCUAAGGUUGAGCAAGACACUGGCAUUCACAUCCAGUCUGCUGCUCCCACGAGCACAACUGCUGCGCUCGCCGGCGCGGUCCCCAUUGAGCCUCGCGGUGUUCCCGAGACGGUUUCGGAGAGCCAAAAGGAGGCCGGCUUCGCGCCCGAGGCUUCGGCCAACGCUGAGGCUGUCGAGGAGAAGAAAGAGGUUGAGCAGGAACUAAAGGAGAAGGUCCCUGAAGAGCCGGCUACCUCUACCAACGAGCAGACCGCUACACAGCAGGCGACUGAGGCCGCAUCUUCUGGAGCUGAGACUGCCAAGCACGUCGGCGAGGUCGCAGCUGCCGGAGUUGUUGGUGCUACCGGCGCAUUCGCUGCCGCUACCUACGCUGCGAAGGACAAGGCUGCCGAGACGAUUGGACUGAACGGUCAGGCUACUACGGCUGCUAGCGGCGUCCCUGAAGUCGUUGCCGAGAGCCAGAAGGAGGCGCAUGUCAGCCCUGAAGCUGCUGCGAACCCUGAGGCGGUGCAGGAAAAGAAGCAGGUGGAAUCAGAACUGCUUUCGGGUGUCAGCACUCAUAGCCAAACGGCUACUGCUGCAGAUGCAGUACCCGCAGUUGUCGCUGAGAGCCAAAAGGAAGCCCACGUCAACCCAGAAGCUGCGGCCAACCCUGAGGCAGUAGCGGAAAAGAAGCAAGUAGAGUCCGAGCUUCUUCGGGGCGGCCACGCAACCGGAGGACAAACCGCUGCCAGCGAUGUACCUGCUGUUGUCGCUGAGAGUCUGAAGUCGGCGCAUACCAGCCCCGAAGCUGCUGCCAACCCGGAGGCUGUGGAGGAGAAGAAGGAGGUCGAGUCCGAAUUGCUCAAGGAGGUCAAGCAGGCGACUGAAUCUGGCGAGCCUGCACCCACCGUCACGGCUGCAACAAGCGCUGCCGCUCCUGGUCUCUCUGAAGAAGCCCUGGUCGACUCGAAGCCCCUCAAGUCAUCUAGCGAGCCUAACGCGCUGGAGGCCGAUGGAUUGAAUGCCCCCGCCAGCGCACCUGCCCAGCCAGCUACCGCUAAGAAGGUUGUGGACUCUCGCGAUGUGUCCCCUAUGUCGAAGCAGCCCACGACCAACACGCAAACAGAACCUGUCGUCACCACUGGCGUUCAGUCGAGCACUGCUGCGGAGAAGUCGGCUCCCGAGACGCCCAAGAAGGACAAUGCCCCGUCCAACGCUAAUACACCCGAAAGUGUUGCAUCUGGUGCUACCGACAAAAAGAAGAAGAGGCGUUCCAUCUUCGGCAAGCUUAAGGAGAAAUUCUCGUCGAGCAAAUAA